UAAUAACCAUGACAUAAAGCCCCAAAAUCCAAGCCAACCACCCAUCAUCAAUCAGGAGCCAAUAAAAAGAACAGGCGAAGCUUCGGAAGCCAGCAGCCAUGGCGGCGUCCACGAUCGCCUCCGCUUUCUUCUCUUCGCCAUCUCCCCGAACCUCCAACCGGAGACCUUGCUUGAAGAUCCUGGCCAUGGCGCCCAAGAAGAAGGUGAACCGGUUAGACGAGAAGUGGAAGAAGGAGUGGUACGGCGCGGGGCUGUUCGUGGAGGCCAGCGAGGAGGUGCCGGUGGACGUGUUCAAGAAGCUGGAGACGAAGAAGGUGCUGUCCGGCGUCGAGAAGGCCGGACUCCUCUCCAAGGCGGAGGACCUCGGUCUCACCCUCUCCUCCAUCGAGCGCCUCGGUUUCCUGUCCAAGGCCGAGGAACUCGGGCUGCUCAGCCUCCUUGAACGCACCGCCGGCUCCUCCCCUUCCGCCCUCGCCUCCGUCUCUCUCCCCCUCUUCGUCGCCGCCGUCGUCGCCAUCGUCAUCAUUCCGGACGACUCCGCCGUGCUCGUGGCCGUGCAGGCCUUCAUCGCCGCUGCCCUGGGCGUCGGAGCCGCCGGCCUCUUCGUCGGCUCUCUUUUCCUCGGCGGGCUGCAGGAAUCGGAUUGAGUGAAAAUUUGUUUUCCUACAACAAAAAAAAAAAAAAAAAAUUAACAAAAUGUUAGCAGUUAAUUCAAGGCCUUAUCUAGUGGAUUGGAUUAGCUCUAUGACUAUGCCUGACAUUAUCAAACACCUGUGCAACAGUACAACGAUACCUAUAUUUUUUGCAUUAAGCUCCAUUUGUUUUCCGGAA